UCACUCCACUACAACACCACAUCAGCAUUAACUGGCACCGAGCCCUGCUCUAUUCAAACCCUGUGUGAGGAGAUCAGUGUUCAGAUCAUCAGUGCUCUUCUGAUCUGAUCUCUCUCUACUACUACACGUUCUGCCCUGCGGAGGGAAAACCUUCUUCACGAUAGUUUCCAUCAUUAGAAGCUUUCCAGCAGUUGUUAUUGUGUUAAAAGCUACAGAAUGAAACCAAGGAGCGGAUUUCUGCUGGUUUUGCUUGCUGGGUUGGUGUUCGCUGCAGCACAGGAGAGUGAAUCUGAGAACAAUGUGGCGGAGUUGGAGGUGGAAACCCUGGCAAAGCCAGAGACAUGCACAGUAACAUCUGCGAUGGGAGACACGCUUCAAAUCCACUACACGGGGCGGCUUUUGAAUGGGAAGGUGAUAGACUCCUCUCUGUCCCGUGAUCCACUUGUAGUCGAGCUUGGAAAGCGAACUGUCAUUUCAGGUCUAGAGCAAGCCCUGGUUGGCGUGUGUGAAGGACAAAAAAUUAAGGCCACCAUCCCAGCACAUUUAGCAUAUGGAAAAAGAGGAUACCCUCCAACUAUUCCAGGUGACUCUGCUCUGGAGUUUGAGGUGGAAGUGAUCUCUCUGAUGCAGCAGACUCCCUAUCAGAAGCUGGUAAAUGACGUAUUUCCCUUUGUAUGUCUGGCAUUAGUGCCUACCUUACUGGGACUGGUGGGUCUCUACCUCUACAAGAAGGCCAACGCACAACCUCAUGGAAAGAAGAAGAACAAAGACAAGAAGAGCAAGAAGAAAUAAAAAGGACAUAAACAGACUAUUUAAAUAAAAAAAAGAUAAAAAUGUCUGAAGUGUCAUCA